AUGUCGCGCAAAAGUCAUACUUCGUCUGCGCCCAAACGGCGGAAAUUAAGCCACAGUUCAGAUGAUGAAAUCAAACAUGACAGAUUCGCUGUUUUGAAUGGGAACACCUCUUCAAGUGAGCAUUCAGGCGGGGAUGAGUCAGGAGACGAGGUUCCCGAAACGUCUGCACCAUCAAAGUUGCAGCAACAUACUCGAAGACGCACCCAGCGGCCCUCUGCUGCGCUUCCUGCUGGAGGCGCUGCGGCCGGCUCUCUGCUCACUGCGCAAAUCAGUGAAUUGUUGGCAGAGAACACGCCAAACUACGAUCUACGGCAUCCCAAGAUCACCAAAGUCACAGAGGUGGUCGUUCGAGCAAUCAAAGCCCUUCCUCAGCAAGGCCCGUUCAAUCUAGUUGAAGCCGAGAAGUACGCUCUCGAGCAUGGCAAGGUCGCCAUUCCGUUUCCGUCACCAAGACCGAGCAAGGAUUCAAAUGUUAAGUACGAAUACGCUGUUCCUGCUGCUAUUACCACGCGAAGUCGAACUGUGAAACGCAUGAGUAUCAAAGGUUCCGAGGAGGUCGUUAUAGGGGUACAGAUGCCUGCUUCGCUGUUGCAGGAGAAGGACUACCUGAAUCUGAGGGCCUUCCAUAAGCGAGCCUUUUACCUUGCUCGAAUUGCAGGAGGGCUCAGCGAAGCACUGCGAUCCGACUUUACCUUGCAGUAUGAGUGCUUGGAUGGAUUGGAUCUCGUCCCUGCCGUCAUCCUCACGCAGAAUGUCAAGGCGACGAAGUCUCGGACCACACGCUAUUUUAUCAGCGUUGAAUUUCCUCAAGAUGCCUUCCAGGCAGUCAAAACCCUCCCGAACAAGAACUGUGUGAGGUCUACACAGCAACCUGCUUCGGGCGAUGCACUUCCUACACCAUUCUACAACAGCUGUCUCCAAAGACAAGCGUCUCAAAACUACUACGACGACUUAGUAGCAGCGGCGACCAGUCGUUGUCCUGCAGUACCCGAUGCGAGCAAACUGGGUCAGCUAUGGCUUGCUCAACGAGGCUUCGGCACGAAUUUGGCCCAAGGCGGAUUCGGUUGGUGGGAGUGGUCGAUCAUGUGCGCCUUGCUACUACAGACAGGAGGUCCUCGUGGCCAGCCGUUGUUCUCUGAGAGGUACAGCAGUCUGCAACUCUUCAAAGCCAUGGUUCAGGUACUCGCCACACGCGAGCUCACCGAGCCGUGGCUGCUGCGAAGCGAUACCCUUGAUAUUGCGCAAUCUGAGGUCCCGAUGCUUUACGACGGAAAGACAGGCGUGAAUGUCUUGUUCAAGAUGACAGGUGCUUCCUAUCAGCAUUUGCGGCAUUGCGCUCAGCUGUCAUUGACAACCGUCAAUUCGAAACAGGAGGACAGCUUCGACUCGACGUUCAUCCGUCGAUAUGCGGACCCGUGCCUUCAAUUUGAUGAAAUCCACACCAUGGACAUUGGCUCACAUUCCAACGCUCCUACCCAGAAUGAUGCUGUGAACAAGCUCUUCAGAGUACUGAAGCGCGGCUUGGGUGAUCGAGUUACACUGCUGGACAUCCAGCGACCUUUCCCAGUUACUUGGAAGAUUAGUACCCCGUCCCCAAAGGCGAGGGCUACAUCCUUUCAAGUAAGGCUCUUGGUGAAUCCGGAUACAGUGUCUCGCCUUGUGGACCACGGCCCCUCAGCAGAGGAUCAGGCAGCGGCGACAGAGUUCCAGCAAUUCUGGGGGUCCAAGUCUGAGCUGCGACGCUUCAAGGACGGUAGUAUAACCGAGAGCCUUGUAUGGGAUUCAUCCGAGCCAGUGACUCUCCAGAUUAUUCGACAUUUACUGCAAAGGCAUUUCUCUGCCGAUCCGAAGUUAGUUGCAACAGGAAGUAGCAGACUUGAUGAGAAUGUUCUGCCGGUCACCGCGGUCUCAGCAAAGGAUGCUUUCACGCUUAUCAACCAAAAAUUUCAGGCCCUCACAUCGACACUCCAUUCACUAUCCGAUCUUCCCCUCCCAAUCCGUUCGGUGUCUGCAGCAUCAUCAGCGCUCCGCUCCACUACCUUGGCGCCGCCUCUUUCGCCCUCCACCGCCACGCCAAUCUCCAUCCUCAUUCAAUUCGACUCUUCAGGUCGUUGGCCCGACUCGCUCCCCGCGAUUCAGCACACCAAGAUUGCCUUCCUCCUCAAACUUGGCGAUGCACUCUCAACAGCAGACACAACCCUCACUACACGCGUUGGCCUCGAACACACCUCCACUGCCACCACUGGCCAUUUCAACACCGCCUACCUCGACCUCAUCUACCCAUCCCCGGCUCCAACGCUCGCACCACUCAUCUUCCGCCUCCGCAUUCACCACGACCGCGAACUCCAUCUCCUACAGACCGCCCUCUCCGACGACUCCCUCCACGGCGCGAUCCGCGACUCUCUAACAUCAGCACUCGCGGCUCACAAACGCGACUUCCUCGCGUCCCCCAGGCACACGACAGCCUUCCGCACCCUCCUCACUCGCUUCCCCGCCCUGUCCCCCACAAUUCGCCUCCUAAAGAAAUGGACCUCCUCACACCUCCUAUCCCGCCACGUCCCCGAAGAGAUCCUCGAGCUCAUCGCCGCGCACAUUUUCGUGCACCCGGCUCCCUGGGCGACACCCGCUUCGCCGACCACCGCCUUCCUGCGGUGCCUGUGGUUCCUCAGCACGUGGGACUGGGCGGUCAGCCCCUUGAUCGUGGAUCUGAGCGUGGGCCAGGAAAUGGGCGCGGAGCAGACGGCGGAGCUGCGCGCCCGCUUCGCGGCGUGGCGGAAGCUGGAUCCGCAGAUGAACCAGGUGAGCUGGUUUGUGGGCAGUAAUGUGGAUGAGACGGGUGUGGCGUGGACGGCUGGGGGAAGAGUCGAGAAAGUUGUGGCGGCGAGGGUGGCGGCGCUGGCUGGAGCUUGUUUGGAGGUGGUGGGUGGGCAGACUGCGGCGGGACUGUCGCUAGAAGUGGGAAAGACGCUGUUUGUGAGCCCAUUCGAGGAGUACGACUUUUUGGUGAUGUUGGACAAGGAAGCUGUGAAGGGUGCGGCUGUGGUAAGGCGCAAGGGGAAGGAGAAGUAUCGGAAUCUGGAGGUUGCGGCGGAGACGGACGUCGAUGUAGUCGGUUUUGAUCCUGUGGAAGACUUCUUGGCGGAUCUCGAAGCGGCGUUUGGGAACACGGCGCUGUUCUUCUAUGGCGCGAGCGGCGACGGUGGGAAAAUUCUCGCCGGGGUUUGGCGGCCGGGCGUGCAGGGGCGGAGAGAAUGGAGGGUCAGAUUGGGUUGGUCGAGCGUGCCGAUCAGCGACAAAGUUGCUGAGGAUGAUGAUGAUGGGAAGGAGAUGUGCGAGUUCAACAAGAUGGGCAUUCUGAAGGAGAUGGAGAUCAUAGGGGAAGGCUUGGUCAAGGAGAUCAAGGUACAGACAUAA